CAAUAUGGCCGACGAGUGACAAGUUCUGAGUUCUGACCAAAAAUUUGAUUAAUUUCUUCUCAUUUUUAACCCCAAGAAACCGUCAAAAUGCCGAAGAAAGCCAAAAAGGGCAAGGGAAAGGGGAAAGGAAAAAAAGGAGGGAAAAAGGGAAAGGGGAAGAAAGAGAAAAAGAAGAAUAGCCAAGUUGCUUUAGCUUCAGCUAAUGCUAAACUAUGGGAAACGAGACUUGAUAUAACAGAGAAGUCACGUCUGGAAUACAAGGACAAUGCCAAGAAACUCAUGGUCGAAAAUGACGCUCUGUCAAAUCAGAUGCAGCAGACUGAAAAAGAUACCAUCGACGUUAUUACAUUCUUACGCAAACAGGACCAAGACAAAGAUGACCAGAUUGAGAAGUUACACCAGCAAAUCAAGGAUCUUAAACGGAGCCAAAAGAAAGAAAAACAAGAUAUUAUCAAUGACCUGAGUAACCAGAUCAACAUGCUUGAGGAUCAAGUGAAGCUGAAGAGUGAUGAAGUUGUAUUGAUGCAGAGUGAACUGAAACUUGUCAAAGAGUUCAGGAGGAAGAGGGGACAGAUGCAGAAGGAACUGGAUGAGAUUAAAGAAUCGAUGCAUGUAGCGAACCGUGAUCACAAGGGAACGCUCACAAAGAUGGAACAGAAAUUCUUUGAGGAAAAGAUGAGACUACAACAGGAGGCCAACCAAAAGAUUGCCGAGUUAGCAGAAAAAGCUCACACAGAGGCUAUUGCUAACCUUGAUGAGACAACACGAUCGGUUUACAAGGAGAAUGUGCGUGUUUCCGAAGCUCUCAACUAUCACAUGCGAGAAGGUGACCAGCUGAAGAAGAUCAAGCACACCCUGGAUGAGGAGAAUGAGACUUUGAAAGGAGACAAGGAGUUGAACGAGAUGAUGAUACAGGAGAAGGUGGUACAGUCCCGCAACCAGAAACAUCAAAUAAAAGAGCUUCAAGCAAAGGUUGAAACGUUAGAGACUGCGCUGAGCCACAUGGCGAGGGAGUUUGAAGUCGAGAAGGACGAGAUAAUUCAUACAAACAGAAUACACAAUGAGUCGACGCAGAAAGAACUUGUCAAGCUACAGCGGAUGGUGGAAUUGAAGAAUAGAGAGAUGAACAAAGUGAAACGACUGGCCAGGAAUAUUCUCGACCAGAGGACGGAGAUGGAACGGUUUUUCUUGGAUUCGUUGGAGCAUGUCAAAAUGGAAAUUGCAGCAAAUCAGACCCAAUAUAGGAAGGAUGCUCAGCUUGCCUACCAACAAAAAAUGCUGACGGCACAUGUAGGAAAAGGCAACUUCCCCAAGAUACGAACAUUUAAUAAAUCCGACACGAGCACUAACAGUGUGUUCAAAGAUCUGGAGGCUGCCGAAAGAUUGCUUGACCUCUCUGGCAAGGUGGAUGUGGCGGACCUAACCUGGGAACAAAAAGAACGAGUGCUGCGAUAUCUCUUUGCUAAAAUGAACGGUGCCAAAGACACACAAAAAUGCCCGGCCCUACCACCCAUACAGCAGAAACAGUUACAAGGUAUCGACCAAGGAGAAGGAUUAUUUGAUGACCCGGAGGAUGCAACGUUCCUGACGCAAGCUGGAAUCGAGGACGACGGUGGAAUCCGACCACUAUUACCCAUGAUUCCACACGCAGAGAGCCAAUCAGAGCUGACUGUGUCAUAGACGAAACUUGAGUGGACAGUUAAACUUAUGAAUUAUGGACAAUAAAAUCCAUUUAUUUGACUCUUGAACUUAAAGUUACUGGAUAGAUUUGGCGUAAGUCAUUGGAUUCCAAGGUAACGGGAUGCUAAAGAUAUGGAAACUUGUUAUUGGAAAAAACUUGUUGUAGUGAUGAUAAGUCCGAUUUCUGGAGAAUGGACUAAAAGCUGUAUUACCACCCCUCAAAACUGAAAAAUCCAAAAUUUUUGAGGAUGGGUAGAUGGUGUCCUCUUAUCUAUUUUGUCGAUAAGGAUAUGCCAAACAAACAAUUUGUUAAGGAUAUCCUGUCAGAAAAUCUUUCGUGUAUAUUAUGUAAAUAUCAUAUAAACAGAUUCUACUUUAUCAUGUUCAUACAAAGAGUUUCCAAUGGCAUCACCAGGAUUUGGAAAAAUAAAUCCUCGCAAUCUUCUCCAAUGUUUCCGGCCAUCAGAUGUGAAUUUUUCUGCAGAGGCUGUUGGCAGUCUUAUUCCAGGUGAUGCCUUUGGUUACUUUGCCCAUCCGUCCAUUUGCUUUAUUUGUGAUUUAAUGCUUAAGGGUGUUUUUGCACGAGACUAUUUGAUAUUGGACCCAGGUGCUGAGUGAUUUUAUUUAGCUGCAAAUUAAAAUGAUAGUUUGAAAUGGCAGCUUGCUAUUCUUUUUUUGGCUCAUUUUAUCAAAAUUAUAUAGAUGUUUGGAUCAAAAGACACCUGCUAAAAAAACAAUAUUGAAGACAAAAAUCGUCUUAGAAAGUUGCUUCCACUGUUGUUUGUGUCAUUUCUCCUCUGAAAUUCUGUUCUGCACCAAUAGGAGAUUCUGAAAAAACCCUGUUGUGAAUAUAGAUGAACUCAACUGCUAAUAAAUUUUACAC